UUGUUUAAACAGCUCGAUUAUGCGUGAAUCUAUAUCGCGCGAUACAGAUAAUCCCCCACUAAAGAACCACUUUUGGAGUAGAGGGCAAUGCAUACAUAUAUCAAUACUUGACGCCAGACGCGAGAUUGCAUUUCCUGAUGCCGAGUGAGAGCGAAUUCAAGUUUCGUGAUUGAAAAUGGGCCCUCUGAAAUUUUUAACGUCAGAACAGAAGCAAUUCUGGCAGGAAAAUGGUUACAUCAAAUUGUCGAGUGUGUUUUCUACGAGGGAAAUAAACGAGAUAUCGGACGCCUAUAAUGAAUUGUUCGAAAGGAAACGUCGCGAAAAUCUGGCGGGUCUGGAGGCAGGCUGGGUCGGAGAAGACAUGAGAAAAGUGGCUGGAUAUAUCGACUAUACCGUGAAAUCUAUUCACAAUCUGCAAAUGCACAGCGGUGUCUUCACGCGGACCAUCACGCACCCGAAUCUAUUGGACGCCCUCGAGGAUAUCAUGGACACCAAGGACAUAUUGUUGCAUCACACUAAGGCGCACAUAAAGCCGCCGGAGAAAGGGGCGCCGUAUCUGAUGCAUCAAGACUAUCAUUAUUUUCCCCACAAGAAGCACACCAUGCUGGCUGUGUUUCUACACUUGGACGACACAACGCCGGAAAAUGGUGGCUUGGCGGUGUAUCCCGGCAGUCAUAAAUUGGGACCGUUGAUGGACCACGGGCUGACCGACGAAAAGGGUGAUCAGUAUCAUUACGUCGAUCCCGAGGAAUACCCUUUGUCCAGAGCCGUUCCCGUGUCUGCCGCGAAGGGCGACAUUGUCGUCUUCUCUUACUUGCUGCUUCACGGCUCGUAUCUCAACCUGUCCAGCAGAAGCCGACGCAUGUUUCUCAUGCAAGUGAGAGCCGCCGACGACGAGCCGACCGAGGACGUGCACAAAUCCCCCUGCCAAGGCCUGGUGCUGCGCGGAAAAAAUACUUCCAGAGACGCAUCGAUGGUCAAUAGAUUUACUCAUUAAUCUUUAAUGCGCGGCGAAUCAAGCACCGGCGAAUACUUUUACUCUAUUUUUUAAUCUGAUUGACGAAUGAAGAUUUUUAACUCAAG